AUGCACAUACUACGCAAGAAACCAGUACCCGGCUGGGUCUGGAGGUGGAAGCAGAAGGAAAGAAGGCUCCAAGCCAUCCUCGCCCACCUUCAGGCCAUGAAAGGCCCCAUCACCGACGGCCAGCUGCAAUACCUGGGGAUCGAAAAACACAACCUCGACCUGGCAUCCGGUGCCACCUGCUGCAAAAGCAGCUCUUACUUUCUGCCGGCAACUAACAGAAAGUAUGCCAUCGGCAGCACUGUCUUGGAUCCGAACGACUCCGAAGACGACGACUUCACCAGGGCCCGUCGCUCCAGCAAAAAGGACGAAACAAGAGCGAAAAAUAAGUGCGGCCUUACUCCAGUUCGUCGGGCAAAGAAGCUUGGCAAGAAGAGAGCUGCAGAAAAGCAGGAAGAUGGGGAAAAGCCGCAAAAUCAAAAUGACCUACAUGGGUCCCUGUCCAGUGCGUUCUUUACGUAUCUGGAUAUGGCGAUCAAUGGAACUGCGGUAGAAAGAGGGUGGAACAACAUACCGUUGAAUUCUUUUUCGAAAGGGAGUAUCAAAUCCCACAAGGGUCACCAGCAAUUUGUCCUACAAAGGGCAGUCCAGGUCACCGGACGGCGUCAAUGUCACCAACACAUCAUCAUGAAAAGUGACGCCCAUACCGACGAAAACCAACUCUCCGUCGCCGAGCUGACUGUGCUCGUGAGCUGGAUCCUGGCGGGCAUGUACCCGCAGAAAAAGAAGAUAUCGAACUGGAGGACCCGAAGAGAGCUUAAAAGCAUCCACCAAACCUUUCCGACCCUCAUCAUUUCCUUCCAGCCCCGAGCCCGAGCCCGGGUGUUAUAUGGAUGGUUCCUCGACGGCAGACUUCAUGUCGCAUUCACCAAGGCCGAGAACUUCGAGGUGCCCGAGUACCCCCAGAUGAUGGAUGCCCUGCUCCGCUGGGCCUGGCCCAAGGUUGUCGAAAACACCACCAGGGACACCAACCUACCAACAAUUUCUGAACGACUUGACGAAGACGACGAAUCAACCGAGAGCUCUCUGGAGAUGUGA